AUGUCUUACUACACUCUAGCAGAGGGAUGUCCCUACGCUCGCCCCGACACAAGCGUCCACGUCCGCAAUGGCUCGGGCGGUGGCUUGCUCCUGAUGCAGGACACUCAGUUAAUUGAGACUCUUGCCCACUUUUCUCGCGAGCGAAUUCCCGAGCGAUCCAGAACCGUCCACGCCAAAGCUGCAGGUGCAUACGGUGUGUUUGAGUGCACACAUGACUGCACUGACAUCACUUCCGCUAGCUUCCUCAACACUGUUGGUAAGAAGACCGAUGUUUUGCUGCGUGUCUCGACUGUUGGCCCAGAGAGCGGCUCUGCCGAUACCUCUCGCGACGUGCAUGGCUGGGCAAUGAAACUCUACACUGAUCAAGGCAACCUGGACUCGGUCUUCAACAACACGGUGCGCACUCAUCCCAUGUAUAUAAGCGUGGACUUUUCAUUGACAACAGAGCAGCCCACGUUCUUUAUCCGAGAUCCGAUCAAAUUCCCCUCCAUGAACCGACCGCAUAAGAGACACCCGCGGACCCAUCGGCCAGAUGAGAAUAUGGAUGGUUCCUUUAAAUACAUCAAGGCUCAUAUCAAGACCCAGCAGGGCGUCAAAAACUUUACUCGGCAGGAAGCAACUAGGAUUGCCGGCAAGAAUCCCGACUACCUGCUGCAGGAUCUGUUCGACGCGAUCGAGGCGGGUCAUAGAUCCCAAGGAUGCCGAGAGUUACAAAUAGAACAUCUUCGACAUGACCAAGGUCUGGCCGCACAAGGACUACCCGCUCCGACAGAUCGGCAAAUUGACCAUCAACCGGAGCCCCCUCAGCCGGCAAACUAUUUCACGGACAUUGAACAGGCCGCCUUUUCUCCAUCCAAUAUGGUCCCGGGCUGGGCGUCAUCUGCUGAUCCAGGUGAGAAUCAUAAUGACCAACAAACUGUGUUGCAAGCGCGAUUGUUCGCAUACCCCGACGCCGCACGUUACCGACUGGGCACGAACUACCAAAUGUUGCCAACGAACGCAGCGCAUGUACCCGUAUACUGUCCGUUCCAGCGCGACGGCUUCAUGAACUUCGGGACCAACUAUGGUGAUGACCCUAACUAUGUUGGCUCGUCGCUGAAGCCAACGAACUUCCAAAGGCAGUUCAACACCACCACCAUCACAGAGCAUGAGAAGUGGGUGGGCGAGGUUGUGAGCUUCACGAGCCAAAUCACCGCCGUCGAUUUCGAACAGGCUACCGGGUUGUGGCAUGUUUUGGGCCGAGAACCAGGCCAUCAAGACAGAUAUAUUGAGAAUGUGUCGGCCUCUGUGCAGAAGGUCGUGAGCCCGGAUUUGCGGGCCAAGGUCUACGCAUUCGCAAAGUAUGCUCGAACAUGCUCACCCCGCACGCAUCUCCGCGCUGACCAGACUGGUGUUAUGAAUAAAAAGCCUUCCAGCGGGAAAUCCACGACGCUGAAUAGUUUGACAGACGCUUCUUCCAAAGUUGGAAACUUUCCUUUCACCACCAUCGACCCACAACGAGCCAUUGGAUAUCUCCAGAUAGAAUGCGCAUGCCAGAGAUUCAAGGUGUCCGACAAAUGCAAACCAAACUAUGGCGGGUGUACCGACGGGCGAAGAUCAGUUCCAAUUGAACUCUUGGAUGUUGCCGGACUCGUGCCAGGGGCUCACGAGGGGAAGGGUCUUGGUAAUAAGUUUUUGGAUGAUCUGCGACAUGCUGAUGCUCUAAUUCAUGUGGUGGAUGUGAGCGGGACUACGGAUGCUGAAGGCAAGGAGACUAGGGGUUAUGAUCCGUCACAAGAUAUUGUCUGGUUGAGGUCAGAAAUUGUGCGAUGGGUGCAAGGAAAUUUGAUGGAGAAAUGGGGCUCUAUCAAACGGAGACAUGCCGCAUUAAAGGCAUCGCCAGUGGACACACUGCAGGGCCAAUUCUCUGGAUACGGAAGUACUUCACAGACAGUAGCUCGAUGUCUUGACCGUCUGAAUCUGAAAGAACCACUCGAGGAAUGGUCAAAUGAGACCAUUGAGAAGGUCGUGAAUGCUUUCGUUGAUGAGAAGUUCCCGACAGUCUUCGCACUCAAUAAAAUCGACCAUCCGGAUGCAGAUAAAAAUAUCAGCAAAAUCGCUCGAAUGCAAGAUCCACAGUCAAUCGUUCUCUGCUCAGCGAUAUCCGAAGUCUUUCUACGAAGACUUGCAAAACAGAGCUAUAUUAAGUAUGUGGAAGGUAGUGAGUUUGUGGACACUCGGGAAGACUUGAUAGAGAUGGGUGAUCCUGAUGGAGGGGGAUUGAAGGAGAUGGAUGAAAAGUUAAAAUCACGCGUCGAGAAUCUCAAAGAUAUGGUUCUCUACCGAUUUGGAUCAACUGGGGUCGUCCAAUGUCUGUCGCGGGCUGCAGAGGUUCUUGGGCUUGUACCGAUAUUCCCCGUGCGAAACAUUCAUACAUUUGCCUCGGGAACGGGGUCAAAUGCCGUGUUCCGUGAUUGUGUUCUGGUGAAGAAGAACAGCACAGUCGGCGAUGUAGCACGAAAAGUCAUGGGCGAUGUCCCUAUAGCCUACGUAGAAGGGGCUGGCGGAGUACGUGUCUCUGAAGACGAAGUUGUUGCAGUUGGGAAACAUGAUGUAUUGUCUUUCAGAGUUGGCCGCUAG